AUGGAAGAGACUAUUGCUCUGUGGCGAGAGUUGUCCGAGUUGCUUGCCAAGGGAGGAUUUGAAUUGCGCAAGUGGACGUCUAACUUGCUUGGUGUGCUUUCCGGUCUGAGUGCUGACCAUAUUGGCACGCAAUCAUCAUUACAUUUCGUACCCAAUGAAACAGUCAAGGCGCUUGGCAUCUCGUGGAAGCCCGAAACCGAUGAGCUAUGCUUCGAUUCGAAUGUCGACAUCGAUGACACCUCUUCAACUAUGCGAUCGAUCUUAUCCAACAUUGCAAAAAUGUACGACCCACUCGGACUGAUCGCACCGAUACUUGUUCGAGCAAAAAUGUUGAUGCAGGAGCUAUGGUUGCUGAAAUCCGGCUGGGACGAACCUGUACCGCAACAAAUCUACAAAAAAUGGAAAGCAAUUCAAGGUGAUUGGCAAGCUUUAGCUGAAUAUAAAACUAAUCGCUAUGCACUUUUACCACAUUCAAAGGUAGAAUUUCACACUUUCACUGAUGCCUCCGAAGCUGCCUACGGAGCAUGCACCUACCUACGCUGCGAGACCGCGAAGGGAGAAGUGCAAAUCAGCCUGCUAGCGUCGAAGUCUCGCGUUGCACCUUUGAAGCGCGUCACACUGCCGAGACUGGAACUUAGUGCAGCUGUCUUGGGAGCGCACCUUCACCAUCGCGUCAAGAAUGCAAUGCAGAUUGCUUCUGCCGAAUCCAUCUUUUGGUCCGAUUCAACUGUAACCCUGAAAUUAAUUGCUUCACCACCCAACACUUGGAAGACGUUUGUAGCAAAUCGAGUUGCGGAAGUGCAACAUUUUUCGCAUGCACGGCAAUGGCGGCACGUUCCGGGUACUUGCAACCCUGCUGAUCUGGUCUCCCGAGGCAUGUCCGCAACACACUUCAAGCAAAGCACGCUUUGGAAAUCCGGCCCAGACUGGCUAGCGCAUCCUUCAUCAUCCUGGCCCAGCUCAAACCCGGAACCGGUAGACGAUUUGGACUUAGAAACACGUCAGGGAGGAGAUGCCCAAGAUGAGUUUGAGAGCUUUGUCUUGCACCAGAUCGAACAGCUACCAGUACGAGCAGAAAACAUCGCGCACGAGACACGCAAAGAUCCUAACCUCGGGAAAACCGUACAGGAGCUCGAAAUGGGCCGAAGUCUUGCACACGCUGGAUACAAAGCACCAGAAGCAAAGUACACAUUGGCAGCUGGCUUCCUGCUAUUUGAACACCGGGUGGUUAUCCCAACAAUCCUCCGCCCAGCGAUCCUAAACGACCUACAUACUGGGCACAUUGGUAUCGUAAAAAUGAAAUCGAUGGCACGUUCCUAUGUCUACUGGCCAGGGAUAGAUAUGGAAAUCGAGCGAACCGCCAAAUCGUGUGUACAAUGCGCACAACAAGCGACAGCACCACCGAAGUUCAGUAGUCACCAUUGGGAGUACCCAUCCAACCCUUGGGAGAGAAUACACAUCGACUACGCUGGACCCGUAUCAGGAGCGCUGUUAUUGCUGGUGGUUGACGCGUACAGCAAGUGGGCCGAAGUAAAAAUAACGCACUCCACAACAUCUGCCGCCACCAUUGAUCUGCUAGAUGGACUGUUUGCUACGUAUGGUGCGCCAGUAACAGUAGUGUCGGAUAACGGAACCCAAUUUACAUCCGCCGAGUUUAAAUCGUUCCUUCAAAGAAGUGGUGUAAAAUUCCAUAAACUAUCCGCACCGUACCACCCGGCGACGAAUGGACAAGCUGAACGCUACGUGCAGACAGUGAAGCGUGCAUUGAAAGCGAUGGGAACAUCAAGCCAUAACCUACAGGUAGAGAAAAUCAACACAGGCACUACUACGGCAACACCCAACCGACACAACUACGAUCCAGCGGAGAAGAUUCCCCAGACAUGUCCACAGAUGGAACCGAGUCAUCCAGUACAGAGUACGCAACACCGAUUAGCAGCCCCGAAGCAAUUGCUAGAAACACUCCACCAGUACUACGUCGCAGCGACAGAGCACGCCGCCCACCUCUGA